AAGCGAUACGAGUCAAAGCGAACCGGGAGCCGACAACAUGUCAAGCCAAGAAAAAGUUGAAGUUGGGAACACAGACCCAAAGGACAUUGAUUUAGAUAACAUCUUAAGGGACGAGGUGGGUCAGUUCGGCCGCUACCAGAUCGUCACGGUGCUCUUGGCGGCGCUACCGGUUAUAUUCUCUGCCUUCGCUGCGGGUGAAUACAUCUUUACGACUGCCAGAAUACCGACGAGAUGCUUAAUCCCACAAUGCGACGGCGAAAAUGUAGAAUAUGCUCCAAGUUGGGUUUUGAAUGCGAUACCGGGCACUAGUACCAGUAGCUUUGAAAACUGUGAGAGGUAUGAAGACAACCCCCAACCGAGCAAUGCCACCGGCGUGUGUCCGGCCGAGUGGUUUGACAGGACCAGCACUGUGCCGUGCGAGGACCACGUGUACGAGAACACACUCAGUGUAGUCUAUGAUUUCAAAAUGGCGUGUGAUGAAUGGAGGCGAUCUCAAAUAGGGUCCAUCCGCACUAUCGGCACAUUGCUGGUGCUGCCGAUUACGGGGUAUAUCUCUGAUCGCUGGGGCCGCCGCGUCGCGCUCACCAUCAACGCCUUCAACACUGCCUGGCUUGGGGUUGUUCGAUCCUUCGUCAACUCUUAUGAGUGGUUUCUCGCUCUUGAAGUUAUCGAGUCCACUAUUGGCGCUGGAGCGUACUCGUCAUGUUAUAUUUUAGUUACGGAGUUGGUGGGCCCGAAAUAUCGAGUAAUCGUAGGUGCUACUAUGUCAACGAUGUUCGCUUUGGGGCAAGUUAUUCUUGGAUUCAUAGCAUGGGGAGUUCAACCCUGGCGUACGCUUACUCAAGUUCUUUAUGCACCACAGCUAUUAGUAGUAUCUUACUUCUGGAUCCUCUCCGAGUCAGUACGCUGGUUAAUGAGUAAGGGUCGUUACGAGGAGUCAGAGCAAAUUCUGAAGAAGGUGGCAAGAAUGAAUAACAAAGAGUUGUCCGAGAAAUCAUUACAAGCCCUUCGAGCGACGGCUGAAGCUGAAAAGUUAAUUGAGAGGCCGAAAGAGCCUUGGUUGGUGGUCCUAGUCUUAAGAUCUAAGAUUAUUUUAUUGAGAUGUUGUGUGGCACCUAUCUGGUGGAUUACGAAUACGUUAGUGUAUUACGGAAUGUCUAUUAACGCAGUCAACUUAUCGGGUAAUAGAUACCUAAACUACGUGUACGUUGCUGCUGUUGAAAUUCCUGGUUACUGGACAGCUAUACUGCUAUUGGACCGAAUUGGGAGGAAGCCAGUUCUUAUUGGUGGUUAUUGGCUAUGCGCAGCUUGUCAGUUUGCAUUUGCAUUUAUCCCCGAUGGUUACGGCGGCUUGUCGUUGGCGUUUUACUUAAUCGGCAAGUACUCAAUAGCGGUGGUAAUGACGUCUGUGUAUGUGUACACUGCUGAGCUGUUCCCCACCAAGUAUCGUCACAGCCUCUUCGCCUUCGCAUCCAUGGUGGGCCGACUGGGUUCCAUCACGGCACCUCUUACUCCUGCACUUGCUUUGGAGAUUUGGGAGAGUCUACCAUCCGUACUGUUUGGCUCAUUUGCGCUGCUUUCUGGGUUACUGAUCUUCACCACACCGGAAACUCUCGGAACUAAACUACCUAACACGAUGGAAGAGGCCGAACAGCUCAGUUCGAAGAAAAAUAAUUCCUAAUCUAAAUAUAAAUCUGAGUGAAUUUAAUAAAAUCACAUUUAAUAUAAUUUAAUAAAAUCCUAUGUAUAAACUCAU